AUGAGUGGAAGCCGCAGCGGUGACCUGCCGUCUCAGUCUAUCGGUAGCCAUGGUUCCAACUCUUCCAUGCGACGGAGGAGGAAGAUCAACGACCAAACAUGCUUUUUCGGGUUGAAGACGAUAAUCAAGAAGUCCGGUACAAGAGAGAAUCCAAAUAGGUUGUUCCACACUUGUGCAAGAUACCCGAAGGGAAGUCACUGCAACUUCUUUAGGUGGGUUGAUGAUGAUGGGUAUGCAGCAGGGGCAGAAAGUGAUGCAUAUGUUAGUGGUGACUAUGAUGAAUGGAGACUGAAUGUGUCAUGGAGAUUGGGUAGCUUGGAGGGUGAAGUUAGAGCAAUGAAGAUGCUAAUAAUGUAUGUCUCAGUUGCAAUGGUUGUGGCUAAUAUCUUUUGUGCAUCACUGUUGUUCACAUCAAUCUCCAAGUAAAGCCACAAAUGGAGUGUUAUGUUGUUGUGUUUUAGAGGU